CGCUCCGCAGCGCGCGCACGCGACCAUGAUGGCGAUCAGCAGCAGCGUCGGCGCCGUCGCGACCGCGCGGGCGACGCGCGCCGCGCCCGCGCGCGCGACGUCCGCGGUCGUCGUCCGCCCGAGAAGACGCGUCGCGUCCGCGGCGGCGUCCGCGAAUAAGAUCGUCGCGCGCGCUUCUUCGGCACCCGAUCAUCAUCAUCAUCAUCAUCAUCUCGCGCCGCGCCGCGUCGUCGCGUCGCCCGCGCGGGGCCGCGGCGCCGGCGCGCGCACGACGACGACGACCGCGGGAUACUCCCCGUCGUACGGCGGCGGCGGCGGGAGCAUGAUCCCCGUCCCGGACCGCUUCGUCGCGCUGCUGCCGUACCUCGUCCCGCUGCUCGACGGACUUCGGUACUCGCGAUUCUUCUUCUCGCAGUUCCCCCAGGCCAUCUUCCUCCUGCAGCCGCUGCAGCCGAUCGCGUCGAUGUACUUUCGAAUUCCGUUCGCGGGGAUGAUAUCUUUCUUCGCGAUAUACCUGGGGAUCGCGGAGAACCGGAACAUGUCGCGGUUCGUGCGGUUCAACGCGAUGCAGGCCAUCAUCCUCGACAUCGUGCUGGUUCUCCCCGGGAUGGUCGAAUACGUCCUCUCCCCCGGGUCGCUGCGAGGGAUGGCGUUCGAGAUGUACAAGCUGUGCUACAACUCCGUGUGGGUGUUCGUCCUCGCCGCGUUCUGCCUCGCCGCGGUCGGGUGCAUGUUGGGGCAGAUGUACAAGCUGCCGUUCAUCGGCGACGCCGCGGACAUGCGUGUGUGACGUAUGACGGACGUACGAGUAGACCCCCGCGGAGGAAAGCGACGACGACGCGACGAGCUAAUAACGACGUGUUGAAUUGAAACCGAACGGCCGCGCGCGUGACACCGAAGCGAACGACGACGACGACGACGAUGAAUCGUGGCGUAGCGUUAAAACCUAUUAUAACCGGGAGAGCGUCGGUCUCCCUUCGUAUUGUAAUCGUACUCGCAUGCGCGUGAUGCUCGCGUUUC